AUGCACGUUUUACGACAAGACCUGCUGCCCGCCAGCGGCGUCGAGUUCGCUACACACCUCAAGCUCACGCCGUCAUGUCUCAGUCCAAGACAUGAGUUUGUUGCUCGAGUUCUGUGCAACCUUGUCGUUGCCCGCUCGAACCUGUUGCGAAUCUUUGAAGUGCGCGAAGAACCUUGCGCUGUGCCGCACGGUGUCGAGGACGAGAGGGAGAGAAAGGGCGGGAUUAGGCGGGGGACAGAGGCGGUGGAAGGCGAACUUGCGAUGGAUGCGCAGGGGGACGGAUUCAUUAACGUUUCAAAGGGAAUGGCAAUGAAAUCCGACGUUGAACACCCGAAAACGACGCGUCUUUACCUUGUUCGAGAGCACAAACUGCACGGCAUGGUCACUGGACUCUCGGGAGUCCGGAUAAUCGCUUCUCUGGAAGACAAGCUCGACCGCCUUCUCGUCUCGUUCAAGGACGCCAAAAUCGCUCUGCUGGAAUGGUCAGACGCAGUUCACGACCUCGUUCCAGUGUCCAUACACACCUACGAGCGUGCACCGCAACUGACAUCUCUGACAGCGCCCCUCUUCAAAAGCCAGCUUCGCGUCGACCCACAGUCGCGAUGUGCGGCACUCGGCCUCCCCAACCACGCCCUGGCCAUUUUGCCAUUCUUAGACGACGCUGUUAGCGACGUCCCUUACUCCCCGUCGUUUAUCUUGGACUUGGCCGUCAGCGUCAAUCCGAACAUCCGCAAUGUUGCCGACUUUUGCUUCCUCCCCGGGUUCAACAAGCCAACUCUAGCUGUGAUGUUCGAACCACUACAAACAUGGAUGGGCAGGAUUGGAGAAUACAAGGACACCGUCAAACUCGUUAUCUUUACGUUGGAUAUCAAGACGAGCAGCUAUCCAAUUAUUACAAGCGUCGAUGGACUGCCGAUGGAUUCGCUGGGAUUGGUGCCAGCGUUCGGUGGUGUGGUGAUCACCACUCCAAAUUCUCUGAUUUACAUCGACCAGUCAUCGUCUCGACAGAUCGCUGUCCCAGUUAACGGUUGGGCAUCACGAAUCACAGACCUUCCACUACUUCCCCUUCCAUCUCCCGACCUCAACCUCACUCUCGAAGGGUCGAAAACGGUCGUGGUGGACGAGAAGACCUUGUUCGUUAUCCUCGCCAACGGAAUCAUCUAUCCCAUAGAGGUGAUGGCCGAUGGAAAGACUGUAACGAAGCUUCAGGUGGGCAAACCUCUGGCGCAGGCGACCAUUCCAAGUGUGGUGGAGAGUUUAGGCGACGGCCAUUUGUUUGUGGGCAGCACAGUCGGCGUAGGCGUCGUUCUAAAGACGGCGUGGGUGGAGGAGGAAGUUGAUGACGAGGAAGAAGGAACGAACGCGAAGGUUGUGGAGGAUGAUAUCGACAUGGAUCUAUAUGACGACGAUGACGACCUCUACGGAGACUCGAAGAACAAAACCCAGGUUACAGCUGAAGUCAAAGACACCAAGAAAUACCGCUCCGUCUUGCACCUCUCUCUCCGCGACACCCUUCCGGCUUACGGACCCAUCUCUAGCCUCACCUUCUCUCUGGCGACGGAGGGGGACAAGCCAGUGCCUGAACUCGUUACUGCGACUGGCUCAGGUAUUUUGGGAGGUUUCACCCUUUUCCAGCGCGAUCUGCCGACGCGGACGAAGAAGAAGAUUUUGGCUGUGGGUGGGACCAGGGGACUGUGGUCGUUGCCCAUCCGUCAAAGCGUCAAGAAAGGCGGGAGUUCGAGCUCCACGACGGCGAUUGAGCACGCGAAGACUGAGCGUGAUACGCUGAUUCUGAGUACGGAUGCUACGCCCAGCCCUGGUGUUUCGAGGAUUGCUACGCGUGCUCCACCAGGCGGAAAAACUGAAGUCAAUAUUACCACGCGAGUCCCUGGGACGACUGUAGGCGCUGCGCCCUUCUUCCAGCGCACGGCGAUUUUGGUGGUUAUGACCAAUUCCAUCAAGGUGUUGGAGCCUGAUGGCACCGAGCGUCAAACGAUCCAAGACAUGGAUGGCAAACUCCUACGACCCAAAAUCCGCUCUUGUUCGAUCUGCGAUCCUUUCGUAUUGAUCAUCCGUGAGGAUGAUUCAUUGGGAUUGUUUAUCGGAGAGACGGAGAGAGGUAAGAUUAGGCGGAAGGACAUGUCGCCCAUGGGAGAAAAGACCUCCAAGUACCUCGCAGGCUGUUUCUUCACGGAUACAUCCGGCUUGUUCGGACAGCAGUUCGAAACAAGUGUCCCGGUGGAGGGCGCCACAGCCACGCUGCAGAAUGUCGUUAGUGGAGGCAGUACCAGUGGCGGGAAGCCUCAGCAUACGCAGUGGUUGCUGCUCGUCAGGCCUCAGGGUGUGAUGGAGAUCUGGACCCUCCCGAAAUUGACCCUCGCCUUCUCUGUGUCAGCGGUUCCAUCCCUGUUCAACGUCCUCGUCGAUUCACACGACAAACCGGCACUCUCUGUUCCUAAUCCGGGCGAUCCCCCACAACGCAAACCGGGAGAGUUCGACGUGGAGCAGGUUUGUGUUUCGAGGGUCGGAGAGGACGGACGGGGGCGAGUGUGCCUCUUCGUGUUCCUGAGAAACGGGCAGCUGACGAUCUACGAGGCAUUGCCUUUAUCGACCACUGCAUCUCAACCUGCCGCGUCGGUGGAUGGAGCUAUGGAUGUUGAUGCAUCCUCGACUGAACCUCAACAGCAGGUUGAAGCAGAAAAGAAGAGAUCCCAGACGCUCAACAUCAAGUUUGUCAAGAUCUCGUCGAUUGCGUUUGAGAUCCAGCGUCAUGAAGAUGGUGCGGAAGGCGGGGAACGGGGAAGUGGAGAGCGGGCAUCAGGGAUCUUGGCUGAGCACAAGAAGAUUCAGAGGCUGUUUGUUCCGUUUACUGUCAAGCCCAAGACAAGUGACGGUACACCCUCUCCGACGUACUCGGGCGUCUUCUUCACUGGCGACAAACCAAAUUGGAUUAUUGGAACGGAUAAGGGUGGCGUCCAGAUCUACCCCAGUGGCCACAAUGUUGUCCAUUCCUUCUCUGCAUGCUCGUUGUGGGAGGAAAGGGGAGAGUUCUUGGUCUACACUGAAGACGGCCCAUGUCUAAUUGAAUGGCUUCCCGAUUUCACGUACAGCCAUCCCUUACCGGCUCGGUCUAUACCCCGCGGUAGGGGCUACUCGAACGUGGUCUUUGACCCCUCGACGUGCCUGAUUGUCGCUGCCAGUAGUAUGCAAGCCAGAUUUGCGAGCUAUGAUGAGGACGGGGUAAGAGUUUGGGAGAAGGAUGGUCCUGGUGUUGACGAUCCUAUCACGGAUACCUCUGCGCUUGAGCUGAUUUCGCCGAAUAGUUGGAUUACUAUGGAUGGCUUCGAAUUCGCCACGAACGAAUACAUUAACGACAUCUCGAUUGUGACGUUGGAGACGGCCGCGACGGAGACUGGCAGUAAAGACUUUAUUGCUGUUGGUACCACGAUUGAUCGAGGAGAGGAUUUGGCUGCCAAGGGUGCUGCUUAUAUCUUUGAAAUAGUCGAAGUCGUCCCGGACCCGGCGAUUUCUCCUACACGAUGGUACAAGCUUCGACUGCGGUGUCGGGAUGACGCCAAGGGACCUGUCACAGCCGUCUGUGGCUUCCAGGGGUAUCUCGUUUCUUCCAUGGGCCAAAAGAUCUUCGUCCGUGCGUUCGACUCUGAUGAACGCCUCGUGGGUGUAGCGUUCAUGGAUGUUGGAAUCUACGUCACCUCCCUGCGUGUGUUGAAGAACCUGUUGCUCAUCGGUGAUGCUGUGAAGAGCGUCAUGUUUGUCGCGUUUCAGGAGGACCCGUACAAGUUGGUGCUCCUUGCAAAGGAUGUGCACCUCCAUUCUGUCACAAGAGCCGACUUUUUCUUCAAUGCUGAUGGCGAUUUGGCGCUUAUCGUUGGUGAUGAAGAGGGUAUUAUGAGAAUAUACGAGUAUAAUCCUAAUGACCCUGACUCGAGAGAUGGACGGUACUUGUUGCUGAGGACUGAGUAUCAUGGACAAGUCCCGUACCAUACCUCGACGACGAUUGCGAGGAGGGAUAAGGAGGAUCCUUCUAUACCCCAGUCUCAUCUCCUGAUUGGUUCGGCCGAUGGUUCAUUAUCCUCUUUGGUCCCGGUGGACGAAUAUGCGUUCAAGCGGCUCCAGCUACUUCAAGGUCAGCUUACGAGGAACAUCCAGCACGUGGCUGGUCUGAACCCCAAGGCGUUCCGUAUCGUCAAGAACGACUACGUCUCCAAGCCCCUUUCGAAGGGUAUAUUGGAUGGACAGUUGUUGGCUCAGUAUGAGAGUUUACCGAUCCCCAGGCAGAAUGAGAUGACGAAGCAGAUUGGAACGGAGAGGGGUGUGGUGUUGAGGGAUUGGAUUGCGUUGACUGGACCUUGGUAG